CUAUGCCCGCCACGGCGCGCGCCACGGUUCGUGGUUCGUCGUGUUUGUGGUUAUACAGCACGUGGAUUUGAUCGCUUUUCAUCGUUUAUUAAAUAUUUAUCAAGUUUGUAUUAAUAUAAUGGAAAAAAAUGGCCAAUAUAGAAGUUCUUGGUAAUAUCAUAUCUACGCUUGAUGGUAUUCGAUCGCUAGAACAAAUAAAAAGUGGGAAAAAUAAAGUCGAUGUAACAGCCCUUACAAAAAAUGUCUACGAUUUUGCCAAGGAGCAGUCCUACAAAAAGAAUAGAAAUACGAAUGCAUUACCAGAAUUAGUCACAGAAGGUUUUGACGAGGAGCAAAUUUGGCAGCAAUUGGAACUGCAGAACGAGGGCGAGAUAACACACUUUUUAAGUGACAUCUCUACAGUUUUAUCUGAAAGUAAAAAGCUGGUAAUCCCGGUGAGUUCAAGGAAACCUGAACUUAUACACGUUGGAAAUGAUAAUUUAGAUCAAGAGGAUGAAGGCAUGUCCGAUGAGAAAGAAUCAGAAGACGAGGAUGUGGAAAUUAAAAGUAAUUCCCGGAAGAGAAAACAUAAGAAAUCCUCCAUCGUAGACGACAAAUUCUUUAAGUUGCAAGAACUGGAUGAAUAUUUAAUUAAGGAAGAGAGGAAAGAGAAGCAGGGAGAGGAUGCUGGAUCUGAUGAUGAAUCGGUGGAUUUAUUUAACGAUGUUUCCGAGGAAGAAGAUGGAGAUAAUCCUGAAGAAAAGAAAUACAUAAAGUACGCGGAUUUCUUCGAUAGUCCCGAUAGCGAGAACGAGCAAGCUGACAAAAGCAAAAAUUCAGAUCUCGACGACAGUAUUAGGGAUUUUGAAGAAGAAGAAUUAGAGGACGAAGAGAUGGAUCUUGACGAGGAGGAUGAAGAUGAUCAAACUGUCAAAAGAGUAAGAUUCAAUCUCACUAACGACUCGGACGAGACAGAUAGCUUGGAGAAUAAAAUGAAUCAUAAUAAGGAAGAUAAGGAAGAAAAGAUGGAGGAAAACAUAGAGCCAAAAUCUACUUUGGAGGCUCGUCAAGAGAGGCUGUUAAUGAGGAUUGAAGAAUUGGAGGAGGAGGCGGUCAGCGAGAAACCAUGGCAAUUGAAGGGCGAAGUGAGUGGUACAAAUCGACCACAUAAUUCCUUGCUAGAGGAGUUCGUGUCUGUCGAUGUGAACACAAGGCCAGCCCCAUUGAUCACCGAGGAGACCACUAUGAAGUUGGAGGACAUAAUCAAGCAGCGAAUUAAGGAUAAGGCUUGGGACGACGUCGAGAAGAAGUUCAAGCCAGUCGAGACACCGUUGGAAUACAAGAAAAAAUUGAUACUGAAUCAGGAAAAGAGCAAGGAGAGCUUGUCGCAAAUUUACGAAAAUGAGUACCUGAGGCAAAAGCAAUCGUUGGAUCCAGAGAACGAUGAGAAGAAAGAGGAAACGCCACAGUCUCACCAUGAAAUUCGACAAAUGAUGCGUUCUCUGAUAUCAAAAUUGGAUGCGUUAGCUAAUUAUCAUUACACUCCCAAGAUGGCUAAACCAGAAAUUAAAAUCAUUAGCAAUGUACCUGCAAUUAACAUGGAAGAGGUAGCACCUGUCACGGCCACUGAUGCUACUCUAUUAGCGCCUGAAGAAAUUAAAACCAAACAACGCGGUGAUCUUAUCGGUAAAGCAGAACGAACGAAAACCGAUAUGAAGCGCGAGAGAAGACGAAAGAAAUCGAGGCAACGAGCCAAACAACAGGCAACAGAAAAGAAGGAGAAAUUAAGGGCUUUGCAACCAGGAAUCGCUAAGAAGUAUAAAGAUAAGAAAGAGAAGGCUGCGUUAGUUGAGAAAGUAACUAAAGAUAGAAACGUUAUGAAGUUAACCGAAACAACGCACAAAGCGGCAAAAUCCUCGAGUGCGUUUUUCAAGCAGUUACAAGAUCAAGUCGACAGUAAAGUUAAAAAGGGCAAUUUAUCCAAGAAGAAAACUAACACUACUUCGGCUGUAAAACUGAAAUUAUAAAUUUUUGUAUUUAUAUUUUAAAUUUGUUUAAGAUUUAAAUGAAAAAUUGUAUUAUAUUUUUCCAUCGUGCCUUUUGAAGAUUUCAUGCUGUUAUAUCUUAUUGCCUCUUUUCGUUUAUUAUUGAAUAUAAUCGAAAAGGAACAAUAGUUAGCGAGAAUUGUUAAAGAACUUACAAGCAAAGUAAAUUCUUUACACUCUUUGUGUAAUGUAAUGAUACAUAUGUACACUAAAAAUAUUUUUUAUAGCUUUA